UAAACAAACUUAUUCUGAAUAUGGAUUUUGCGAUCCACAUGCUAGAAAGCACCAUAAAAGAGAACAGUACUAUUGGAAAAAGCAGGCUAAGUUAGCUUCGGCGGAGGCAACCAAACAGAUGCAAAAAGAUAAACACCUCGAUAUAGAAUUUGGCACCCAAACAAGUGCAGAGAUGCAGUAA